AUGGAUCAUAGGCUGGUAAUUUUUGCUGUUUCGGUAAUAUUUGGCUUUCUGGUCUGCGGUGAGGCUCCUUUUGUUAAAAUGACGAAUGCAGUGUGCAAGUCCCAUAACCAAUCGUGGGUUGCUGUUCAUUACUGCCGCCUGAAGGCCUAUUCCCGAACCAAGACCAGCUUGAAUAUAAAUGUCACGUUCAUAGAGCCAGCAAAACAUAUUUCAUUGCAUAUGAAGGUGAUGAAGAAGGCCAAUGGGUAUAAGCCCUUUUUGUAUGACUUCACGGUCGACGCCUGCGAAUUCGUGCGAAAGCGGAAUCACCCAGUGGUUAAGAUGAUCUGGAACAUGAUCAGGAAUGUGUCCACCCUCAACCACACGUGUCCCUAUGAAGGCUUGCAGAUGGUGAGCGAUUUCCACCAUGUGGAAAUUCCUAUUCCACUGCCAUCUGGAGACUAUUUGCUUUCACUGGACUGGUUGUUCGAUUGCAAACCGCAGUUGACUACGAAUGUAUACUUCUCAUUUACUGAGGACUGGUUGCCGUCCAGCUCGAAGCACAAAAGGAGCUCCCUGAAUUUCAGAACUGAUGUUUAG